UCCUGUGCAAAUGCUGAUAUAAGAGUUGGUGUAACCCUUAUUCACGUGCACAUUCUUCUCUCUGCUCUGACACGGUGGAGUUUCAUCAUUGACAACGUCUCCAGAAGGCAAUAUAUGGUCUCGGUUUCAUCACCACGUCCUCAGUUUCAAAUAAGGUCACACGAGCGAAAACUAACUCAUUCAUUGAAACCGGCAAACUUCUUUUCGAACAUACACGUUAUCAAUUUGACACAUUUAUUACCAAAUUCACUCAAUCAAUACCACAAAAUAUUUCUGUACAGCUAGUAAAACAAUUUCCUGAAAUCAUCACGUACCUUUACCCGAUCUGAGCUUCCAAAACAGUGCUCAAUUUAUCAAAACUACUACCACACUUGUUUGUAGUACGCAAAACACGAAACAUUUUUUGACCUGUCUCAAGUGCAAGAACCAAUGUGUUCUGUAUAGUUUAUUCAGGUCAUGACAGUCUAUUCACAAUCAAAUACCAACAAGCGACGCGCAUCUCUACAAGGAAAGCAAUGGUUCAACAUGACGAGUGCUCCGGCCUCAAACAAGGGAACAACAAUGUUUCCCGGAAACGGAACAUCUCGCCGAUGGAAACGUCGCAUGACAAAGCAAAUGGAAAACCGAACGGGAAUGGGACAUACUAUGAUGAGGGGGACGUCUCAAUAUGUCCUGACGCUGUUCUCCUCAAGAGAAGGGUGGGGCUCCUCAGUGGGGUGGCUCUAAUCGUUGGAACAAUGAUAGGCUCGGGCAUAUUUGUGUCCCCUGUUGAGGUACUUGUACGUACCGGUUCUGUUGGAACGUUCCUCUUGGUUUGGCUUGGUGGGGGCAUAAUCUCCUUGCUAGGAGCCUUAUCAUAUGCGGAAUUGGGAACAAUGAAUAACAGCGCAGGGGCCGAAUAUGCCUACUAUUUGGAUGCGUUUGGACCUGUUUCGGCUUUCCUUUUCUCAUGGGUAUCAUCUCUGGUGCUGAAGCCAUCGCAGUUGGCCAUUAUUUGUCUGACUUUCGCCCAGUAUUUCGUGGAAGCUUUCAUCGAUUGUCAAGCUCCCGUUCUCACGGUCAAACUUGUAUGUGUUUCCUUAAUUUGUCUUCUCCUGUUCAUUAAUUGCUAUAGCGUAGCAGCUGCUACAGGCGUUCAAAAUGUGUUCACAUGUGCGAAAUUAGUAGCAAUUGGCAUAAUUUGCAUUGGUGGUGCAUACAAGUUUUCCACUGGGGAGUCUGCUACCAAGGACUUUGGUUUCUCUGACACCAUUAUGAGCCCAGGAAUUUUGGCCAUGGCGUUUUACAGCGCCUCUUGGAGUUAUGAUGGAUGGAACAAUCUUAAUUAUUGUAAUCAAGAGCUUCUGGAUCAGUCAAGGAAUCUACCCCGCAGUAUCAUGAUUGCCAUCCCGUUGGUUACAAUUUGCUACAUCUUCAUUAACGUCUCAUACUUUUUUGUGAUGACUCCACAGGACAUUAUCGACUCACCUGCAGUUGCUGUGACAUUCGCAAGUCGUAUUAUGGGAGACUGGGAAGGGGCAAAGUACCUCAAAUGGGUCGUCCCAUUGUGCGUGGCUGUUAGUACGUUCGGCGCAGCUAAUGGAACACUCUUUGUGGCUGGACGGCUUUGUUUCGCCACUAGCCGAGAAGGACAAUUUUCCGACAUUUUGUCGUACAUCCACAUUCGAAGGUUUACUCCGGUCCCGGCUUUGUUUUUCCACGCUAUAAUUGCGACAUUCAUGAUUAUUGCUGGAGAUAUUGAAACCCUGAUUGAUUUUUUUAGUUUUACGGCGUGGAUCUUUUAUGGAGGUGCGAUGCUAGCUGUUAUUGUGCAAAGAUUCACUCGUCCUAAUGCUCCCCGUCCGUAUAAAGUACCCAUAAUCUUUCCUUGGAUUGUGUUGUUGGCGUCAGUUUACUUGGUGCUUGGUCCGAUUAUCGACAAGCCCCAAGUGGAAUACUUGUACGCAAUCUUGUUCAUCGUGGCCGGUCUGAUUUUCUACUUUCCUUUCGUAUACUUUAAACUCUCCAUAAAAUUCAUGGUUCCAGUGACAAUUUUCCUACAAAAAUUGUUGAUGGUCGCUCCGACCGAUUCGCCAGUCUCAGAAGAACAAUUGGCGUUCCUGUGAAAUGACUUCACAUUCUUGAGCACUACCGGUUUAGUUUUUUGGUAACCUUCUGAAAGACUGAUCGGUUAUUUACUUAAGUUUAGCCAUGGUUUAUAUUUAUAUUAUGCUAUACAGAUUGAUGAGUUAGUAACUUACAGUUGGAAAAGUAGAAUUGAAUUAACUGUACUUUAUUAGAGAAAAAAUAUACAAAAUUGUUAUGUAGUAUAUACAAUACAUAUACGUAACAUCUAACAUCGGGAUUUCCUCGUCAGUAGAAACAACUCAACAUAUAAAUUAAAAUUAAGUUUGAGACUUUCAUUUUUCAGCGAUGCAUUUCAGUUGCACAUCAAUAAUUAAAUAUAUUA